UCUCACUCUCAACCCCUUCCCUCCAACUCCCUUCCGGGUUCUGCCUGUCCUUAGAGGUGUUUGCACAGAGGAGUGCCGAGUGGGGAAACAGAGUCGUUGGAUCGCUUUGCGCAAAAUCCCCUUCUCUCUCCUCCCUCGGCUCCAGCCUCCGGAUCCCGCACAGCUCUCCCCUCCUUCCCCACCGGCGGUGUGGGGCUGGAGCCCUGUCUGUGUACUUCUAAGGUGGGAGGGGGCUACAAGCAGAAAAUAAUGUCAGAUGCUUAGCUCUCUCCUGCCUGACGCUCCUCUCUGGCUCCGCCGGGGUUGGUCGCUGUAAGAAAUAACAGGAGCUGUGGCAGCGGCGAGACGAAGCGGCUCACGCGUGGAACCCGAAAAGUCAGGGUGCUCGCGGUUACUCCCAACGUGGUCCCAGCCGGCGGUCAGCACCAUGGACAGCGGCUCCGUCCCCACGAACGCCAGCAACUGCACUGACCCCUUCACACACCCUUCAAGUUGCUCCCCAGCACCUAGUCCCAGCUCCUGGGUCAACUUCUCCCACUUAGAAGGCAACCUGUCUGACCCAUGCGGUCCGAACCGCACCGAGCUGGGCGGGAGCCACAGCCUGUGCCCUUCGGCCGGCAGCCCUUCCAUGAUCACGGCCAUCAUCAUCAUGGCCCUCUACUCCAUCGUGUGCGUAGUAGGGCUCUUCGGAAACUUCCUGGUCAUGUAUGUGAUUGUCAGGUACACCAAAAUGAAGACUGCCACCAACAUCUAUAUUUUCAACCUUGCUCUGGCAGAUGCCCUAGCAACCAGUACCCUGCCUUUCCAGAGCGUCAAUUACCUGAUGGGAACAUGGCCGUUUGGAACCAUCCUGUGCAAGAUUGUGAUCUCCAUAGACUACUACAAUAUGUUCACCAGCAUAUUCACCCUCUGCACCAUGAGCGUGGAUCGCUACAUUGCAGUCUGCCAUCCUGUCAAGGCCCUGGAUUUCCGCACUCCCCGUAAUGCCAAGGUCAUCAAUAUCUGCAACUGGAUCCUCUCUUCAGCCAUUGGUCUGCCUGUGAUGUUCAUGGCAACGACAAAGUACCGGCAAGGUUCCAUAGACUGUACACUAAUAUUCUCUCACCCAACGUGGUACUGGGAAAACCUGCUGAAAAUCUGCGUUUUCAUCUUUGCCUUCAUCAUGCCUAUCCUCAUCAUUACAGUGUGUUAUGGGCUGAUGAUCUUACGCCUCAAGAGUGUCCGCAUGCUCUCUGGCUCCAAAGAAAAGGACAGGAACCUGCGAAGAAUUACCAGGAUGGUGCUGGUGGUUGUGGCUGUGUUCAUUGUCUGCUGGACGCCCAUUCACAUCUACGUCAUCAUUAAAGCCUUGAUCACAAUCCCGGAAACUACUUUCCAGACCGUUUCCUGGCAUUUCUGCAUUGCUCUAGGUUAUACCAACAGCUGCCUGAACCCGGUCCUUUAUGCAUUUCUGGAUGAAAACUUCAAACGAUGCUUCAGAGAAUUCUGUAUCCCAACUUCCUCCACCAUUGAGCAGCAAAACUCCACUCGAAUUCGUCAGAACACCAGAGACCACCCCUCCACAGCCAAUACGGUGGAUAGGACUAACCAUCAGCUAGAAAAUCUGGAAGCAGAAACCACUCCGUUACCCUAACUGGGUCUCAUACCAUUCAGACCCUCACUGAGCUUAGACGCCACCAUCUAUGUGGAAGCAGGUCACUGUGAGAAUGCGUGGAAAGCUCUGGUUUCCUGGGAAAGUGCCUGUUCCUGCUCAAAGUCAUCAAAACUCUUUCCUCUCUGGCCCCUCCACUCUGCACCUGAGAGGGACAUCCAGACUAAAUCCAGUAUUGGGGAGGAAAGAACUAAACCACUCUGAGUUUGUGUGUACAUAAUCGCGAGGAAGACGCCCCACGGGGCCGAAACCUGCUGUGGUAUGUGCGGUAAGGUCAGCGUGGAAGACGGCCCUACUGUAUGUAAUAUUCUGUUUUCAAGCAAAUAUUUACAGCCUCAUCAAAGGAAAACCAUCACUUGUUAAAUUCAUCGUAUAAUGUAAUUUAAAUGCUACCUCUGAUCAAAGCACCUUAUGUGAACAUCCAAGACUUUCCAUGUCUGCAAGAGAAUUAAUUGUCCCAUUUUUAUCCUCUAAUGUUAACCUCAAAAUUAUCUUCAGAGUUAAAAUAUAGUUUCCACCUUCAUUUCAUUGCUUUAUCCCCACAGAAAGUCAAGCCCUAAAAUGGAUUCUUUAUUUCUGAUAAUUUCUUCUUACUAAAUGCUCUUUACAUCAUACUUUCUCUCUCUUUUUUUUAACUCUUCUCAGAAUACUUACACCUUUUGAAUCAACAUGACAAAAUGACAGCUGUUUUUUGUUGAUUUUCAGAAGUUUAAACUCGAAGAAAAUAUGGAUCCAGUAAGCUUAAUCUCAAACUUGAAAGACUCAAAAGACCGUGGAGAAAAAUGGGUUAUCUACUUUUCACUUCUAGGUAGUUCCUUGGACAUGAUAUAUUAACAGUGACCCAAGAAUAUUUUCCUGAAGAUUGUGUUUCUAUAAUGUCAUCACCAAUAUGUUGGUCUUUUUGAUCUUUGCUAAAUGUCAAGAUUUCCUUUGUAAAAUGUCAGUCUUCUAAGCAGCUUCUCUAAGACAAUUCUUCUCUUUGACAGGUUUUCUUUGGCAUGAAAUACAGUUAGAGAUUUGGCAGUCCACCCAUUUUAUUUAAUCUAUACAGACAAUCGAGUUAGAUGGUCUAUGCCAAAAAGCUCUCCACUUUGAACUGUUGACUGCACCGAUUAAAUGAAUCAAAUACAUCAUAGUUUUCUGUGAAGACAUGGUAGCAAACGGGGUGCCAGCUUCCCUUGAAAGAAUAUUCCUGAGUCCAUGGUCUGCCAAGAGUCUCAACCUUACAAUCUGUCUUCAUUAUUGAAUCUAACAAGGCACAAAUAUGCACCAGCUAUCUAAGGGCAAUGUUUCAGAAAGACAGCUGUCACAGAUUGGACUAAAUGAAUUUACUGUCUCAGAUCCUAUUGGCUGUCAUUAUAUGGCCAUAUGUGGAUAUCGCCCAUGAAUCUGUUGGAUGAGGAAAAAAAAAAAAAGGAUGCAAGAUGAGUGUUUUAGCGUUUCCUUCUAUGAAGUCUUCUGUUCGCCUCUAAUAAUCUUCAUUUCUCAAAUAUAAUGUCCCAGUAUGGAUAUGCAUUAUUUUUUUAUUUUUUAGAUUUUCAGAUCAAAAUAACUAAAAUUGGGGCCUUGAAAAGUUUUAGAGUGGUGAAUAAAUGCAUUUGUUUUAUGUACAUUAUAUACAUAUACACACUAUUAGAGCUUCCACAAGUACAAGUGAUAAUUCAAAUGAAACGCCACCAAUAAGGGAAAAUGAAAUAUUGGUGUACUGCAGAGGAAAGUUCUUGUUGUUAAUGGGCCAUAAUAAUAAGGGUUUUCUCAAGAGAUGACAGGACACUACUUCCUGCUCAUGACUGUUUCUCAGUAUUCAUUAUUUCUGUCUAAUGAUCAGCUCUUAGUUAAGACACUCUAAACAGUACAUUAGUGGGUUUUUACAUGUUUCAU